GGAGAGCCUGGCAGGGCAAUAACUCAUCUUGGACUCCAGCACCAACCCCUCCACUGCUGCUGCUUCCAGAACCUUCCUGUCCUGAGCUCCUAUUCUCCAGGUACAAAUAAUGGGGGGCACUGAGCUCCCUGCCUGACCCCCCUCACCUGGAAAGGGUCCUUACUGAGACCACCUGCUGGGGGGUGCCAGCCAGGGUCUGGGGGUACUCACCACCUAAUAUUUAUUAUAAUUCAAUGGGUCACUGCACUGUCUGGCUGCUGCUGACCGUUGAGCAAUGAGCUUGUUUCACUGCAAUUACUUUAUCUAUUUUAGAAUUUUAUUAUUUUAUUUCACUUUUUCAUUAUUUUAUUUUUGUUAUUAUUAUUAUUGUAUUUUAUUAUUUUAUUUCACUUUUUCAUUAUUUUAUUUGUAUUAUUAUUAUUAUUAUUAUUUUAUUUUUGUUAUAAUUUUAUUUUAUUUUUUUUAAAGAGUUUUUUUUUUUUAAUGGGAAUGUAUUUCUCACUAUAUUUUUAAGAAGGCUGUGGCUGGUGAACAGAAUAAAUGGACAUUCAAGUCCUUCUGCUGGGCAUUGAGCUGCAAAAUUGGAAGGGAGUAUGUGGGUGGUGGGUUGUGUGGUGCAUUUUAAACAGGAUUUCCCUCAAUUGUUGUUUACUUUAUUCCCCCCCUCUUGGAGCCCCCUUAGUUUGGAGUUUUGUAUUUUUUCAAUAAUGAUUGUGGUGUACCAGGAUUUCUGGAUGUUUUACAUGGUUAUGUAAUUUCCUAUUGCCCAUCUUUUAGUCUUUCUACCUUUUCUAGAAUCAGAUGUCUGUGAUUUGUAGUGACAUGUCAACUAUGGAGCUUGAUUUAGGAUUGUACUGAGCUGCAAGUGGAUUUUUAAAGUUGCUGGGAAAUAAUAUUGCAAUGAACUGUGCUAGUGCUUAAUCUGUUGCACACAGGAGGAAAAAAAGAGCAUGCCAGUGAUAAAUCAGGGCUUGAUGUAUUACAAAAACUACAAAAGGGUGCGUGUAUUGACCUUUGCAUUUAAUUAUUUUCAAGACUUGGAAAUAAUUCUUUCAUGUUCUUUGCAUAGUGGCUUAGUGGGGGUCUGUGGGAGGUGGGCAGUCUAGCCAACCUUGACUUUAUGCUUGUGAAACACCAAGACACCUUUAAAAAAAAAAAAAAAAAAAAAAAUUUUUUGGGAUGACAGCAGGGAACAGACCACAUCUAGGAAUGUUACCACCUACACAUUGACCGAAAUAAUUCCCACUAGAAAACUGAAAAUUGCGACUUCAAUCGCAAUAGAUUGGUUCGUUAACUUUACAGAGAGUAGUUUCAAUUAAUGUGGGGUUCAUUUAAUAAAUAGUACAUUUUAGUAAAUGGAAAACUACACUUGUGUCACUUACAUCAGAACUUCUAAAAUAGCCCAUACAUGGCCUAAAUUUUGAGAAUUUGCUAUUUAGUUUGGCAUAGUUCCCUGUUUGGUGAAUAAACCUUUGUGUAUUUGAGUGUUGCAUCACAAGUAUGAAGUUUAUUUAUAUGUUAUGCUCUUGUGCCAUGGUUAUCUUUUAGAAUCUCGAUUAUUACAGGUCUAUACUAUUUCGUAGUGUUGGUCUAGGAGAAUUGUAUGUGUCCCAGGCGGUCUUGAUUAUUUCAGAGUGAAUAAUUGCCCAUUAGAGAGGAUGAGAAUAUAGAAAGAGUUCGAUGUCAGAAAGUUGGUAGACAUGUGGCCUCUUCAUCUCAAUGACUCAGUGCUCCGCAUUUGCUGCCAAGAGGCCCCCUUUUACACUGCAUAAUAAACCCUAUUGUAUAUUGCUGCAACCCAUUCUUUAAGACAUUUCGCAAUAGUUACUGCCUCCCCCCCCCAUAUCUAUUGUGCAACAAUAAACAGGGUUCAGUUUAUAGCAAGGAGAAUUUUAAUAUAUUUUUGUUCCUUGCAGGAACUGAGCAGUUAUUGAGGAAUUAGGUAGAACAUUAUGCAUUGGCAAUGUUUUUUCCAGUUGACAUAUUUGGGGCUACCAUAGUUUUUGCUAAUAUAGAGCGAUAUCCAGUGGUUCCACCUGAAGAUAUUCAACGAUCAACCUGGAGUAAUCAUCUUCCAUUAUUUUGGAAUUCAUGAUAAUUAUAUUUGCGCUCAGUUUUGACGUUCAAAUUUUCAAAAUGAGCAUUGACAAAAAUGUAAUUAAUGAGUUCUGGUGGGCUCUUUAAUUUUCAUUGUUCUAAUAAAUGUCUUUUGAACCAUAUCAUAGGACCAGUCUACGGACCACUGAAGCUUCCUGAAUGUUUGACCUGUCAACUUCAGGCCCCUUAGAAAUGGAAGACAGCUGGGCAGCCUUUCAGACCGAGGGAGAGCUUGGGCAAGACUCCCAUUCCAGUUCAAUCAACCUUGAUGACAGCCUUACAAGCCUUCAAUGGCUACAAGAGUUCUCUAUUAUGAAUGCCAAUGUUGGCAGGACACCUUCAUCAGCUGGGGAAUCACAGGGGUACAGAAACACAUCAGGCUCCGGAGCCCCUUGCUCCCCAUUGGCUGCUGAUCCUGCAUGCUUGGGGAUGCCUCACACUCCCAGUAAACCAACUUCUUCAUCUACCUCAAGGACAUUACAUAUGGGUCUCCAACCCCAUGAAGAUAUCGACUACAAGACCAACCCACAUGUUAAACCACCCUACUCCUAUGCGACUCUAAUAUGCAUGGCAAUGCAGGCAAGCAAGAAGACGAAGAUCACAUUAUCUGCCAUCUAUAAAUGGAUCACAGACAAUUUCUGCUACUUCCGACAUGCAGAUCCCACCUGGCAGGUACGUCCCCUUUGAGAGUAGACGUAAAUGGAAAUGGAUCAUGGUGAUACAAAUUACACAAUACCUGCCAAAUACAAUAACCACUACAAUGUGCUGUUGUAGUUAUGGUGUCAGGAGUGCCCUGGUGUAGGUAGUUAAACCGUUUGCAAAAAGUCUGCAUUUGGAAGUGAAAUCUCUCUCUUCCGUUAGCUCUACUGAGCUUUUCAGCUCAUUGCCUGAGAUCAUCAGCUGAUCACUCUCAUCCAAUGAACUAAACCCUGCAUUGCCUGUCUUAGCUCAGUGGGGGGGCAAGGAGUGGGGCCCAGUGUACUACGGCUAAGAAGUCAAACCGUUAGCAAACUGUUUGACUAAUUGCUUCGAAGGGAAGGGGUGUCAGGACAUUCCUGGCACCAUACCACUGCAGCGUAGGGCUUGGAGUGCUCCUUUAAGUAGUCAUUGCACUUUGGUCUCUAUUCCAUUGGCUUUGUAGAUGUAACUGUGAUGCUUUUUUAUACGAGGUAACAGAAUGUAGCAUUAUUUUUUUUUGUAAGUUUGUAAUCUGUUACAUAAUGUACAUGCAGAGCAAUCAUCUCAAAAGUGCCAGCUCCCUGUUCUCAAAUGCAUAACAUCCAUUGCUCCCCUUACUAAAACAUGAUUUGUGAUACUUUUGUAACUAAAAGGCAAUAAGGCAUACAGUGGGUGCCUCUCAGCAUCUCUUGUAGUCCCCUGUGUAUAAUUACUUUGUGAUUCCGUGAUUGCUGCGUUACUAUUUUGUGCUUACUGCAUCCCACAGCAUCACCAGCUGCAUUAACCCGUCUUCUACUGUUGUAUGUAAACAUCCUUCCCAAAUAUAUUAAAGAACAAUAUCAUCCCUAUUAGCAAGGCUGACUUGUAAGGGUUAAUGUGUAUGGGCAAUCAGGGGUUAGAGCAAUCUAGGGUCCUAAGCAUGCUCUGUAAAUACACUGUCAUAUAUCAGGUUAUUAUUAGGCUGUGGGAGCCAGGUCCCUUUCCACCCCCUAUCCUGUAGAUUCUGUGUGGCCCUGACACCCCAUUGUCUCCCAGUAAUGGAUGGUCAGUGGGAGGUACCAGACCAGACUGGUUUAUAGUGCAAACCUUGUACAGUGAAGCUGCGGGGCUGGGGGAGAGCAGAUUCUCGGAAAGGGGAUACAAGAAUCCCUCCCAAAUCGUUUAAAUGAUAGCUUCUCUUUCUCUCUGUGACAUUGUGCAACAAUUGCAACAGAAGUCUUUAUUUAAACCGGCUUUGAUUGAGUGUUUACUUAUGUUUGCCUAAAAUAACCACAUUUGACUUUAAAUGCACAUCCCUUGACAAUAACUCAGCGGUGCUUUUACCAGGCUCUGAAAUUUGCUUAUUUACUGCCAUCCACCUGAUUCUGAUUCUGUCUAUCCAUGCAUAUAGACAUGGUGGGAAAAAACGCAGGGGUCACUAAAGAAUUUGACUCUCAUUGCUAGAUGAUACGUUUUAUAUAGCCUUAAACAUCCUAUAGUUUUUAGUGGCACUUGAACUUUGACUCACUCUGUAAAUAUCAAAAAUCUUAUUCUGUCUGUCUGUCUCUCUAUCUAUCUACUCAAUGCUUUCAUCUGGGGACACAGUCGUUCCCUUACAAUAGAUGUUCCUGGAGGUAGAAAAUUAAAUCCGCUCCCCAGACCUAGUUGGAGUUUAAUUAAACAUUGUCGGUGGGGGGUGCCCCAGACACACACAGGUGGCAAGGAUAGAAGUCACUGAGGCAGGAAUGAUAAAUAUGUUUAACUUGCCAAGCAAUAAUCAUCCACAAUACCAUAACAGAAGGAGAUGAAUUGAAAGAAAGUUGGUGUGUGCAAGGUCCUCUUGUUCACCUCUAGUUAAAUUUCAUUAAACAGUAAAUAACAGAUCAGGAAGAUCCGGGAUCCCUGGGGAUAGGAGAAAAAAGUUGAGGGCAGAAAAAAAAAUGAUGUGGUAGUAACAGCUGUAUUGUCAGAACAAUUUACAUAGAAUUGUAGAACAAUAUGCCCCUGGUUCUUUUGGCAGCGGUUGCACAUUUCAUUUUGAAUUUGUUCUUUUCUGUUCCCCUUAAAGCCUUUCUCCCACCCAAAUAUAUACAAACAUUCCCAUUAUCCCCCUCCUCUCCCUUCUCCUUCCAGUAAACGUGGGCUCUGUGUAAAACCGCCUUUCUUCUCCUCAACAUAGAGAAUUUGUGGGUUAGAAGCUUGUAUACCAAACUGUCCAUUUUCACAAUCUACAGCUAGUAACAGGUAGUUAAAAGUUGAAUGAAGUUAUGGUACUUUAUCACGGUGAAUGGGAAAACAGAGCCUAAUGUGCUACAAAUAAUAAUAAUAAAUUUAUACCUUUUAAUAUGUAUGUAUUAUUUUGCUGAAUCUAUAUCUUCAAGUGGUUUAUUUAUAUAUUUUUAAGAAAAAACAUCACAUCAAGAAAUUAAUCUCUAUUAAUAUGUUUUUAUGUUUUUUCUAAUUUUAGAACUCUAUCAGGCACAAUCUCUCGUUAAACAAGUGCUUCAUCAAAGUUCCCCGUGAGAAAGACGAGCCAGGCAAGGGUGGCUUCUGGAAGAUUGACCCACUGUAUGCUGAUCGUCUCAUGAAUGGUGCCAUCAAGAAACGAAGACUACCCCCUGUGCAAAUACAUCCAGCUUUCGCAGGAGCACAGUCACUAGCUGGAACAGAGAACAUUAGAGGGUCUCCGUGGAUGUUUGCUGUAAAUUCUGAGUCCCAUCAGUUGCUGAAGGAGUUUGAAGAGGCUACUAAUGAGCAGAGCUGGAACUCUGUUGGUGAGCAGGUUUGGAACAUCUCAGCAGAUCCAAAGGGUCACAAGCGCAAGCAGCCGCAACCUAAACGCAUGUUCAAGUCUCCUCGUCUUUCCAGUUCCCCCAUGCUCUCUCAAGAUGAACCAGCUGAGCUAGGACCCCUAAAAGGUGACUUUGACUGGGAGGUGAUCUUCGACUCUACAAUCAAUAGUGGCAACUUUGCCUUAGAAGAUCUUGAGGUCACUCCUCCCUUAAGUCCAGCCACCCGCUCUGUUGACCUUACUGUCCAUGGAAAGCACAUUGGCUGUCCACAGCAAUGGCCCCCAAUGGGACAGGAUCCAGCAAUGGUCCAGAACAACAUGGAUUUUGAUGAAACCUUUCUGGCAACUUCCUUUCUUCAGCACCCUUGGGACGAGGGCAAGAAUGAUUAUCUGUCUAACUCUGCCAAUCUAGAACACCUAUUUGAUCUUAAUGAAGCCUUUCCUCCGGAACUCAACGACUGGUCGUCCAUUGGUUCCUAUUUAUAGUAGUGCCAAGAAAAAUAAUUUCUAAGACUCAUAGACAUUUAUAUAAAUAUAUAUAUAUAUAAACUUAUAAAUAACUUAGAAGACUUUCUAAACCUACUUAAAAAGUUUUUAACAAAUUUACAGAGUGGAGAAACCUAACUCUGGAGUUUACAUAGUUUGGAAAAGAGGACGGGAGCCAAUGCAAUAAUAACCCCAGAAAAAAACUAAAUAAUAAAACAACAUCAAGAACUCUUAAAUGGCACCAUAAACUCUUGGCAUAGGAAAGAUUGCACAAAGAAGAAAAAAACAUAUAUUAAAAAACUUUUUUUUUUCUUUUUUUACUUAUUUUACAAUUGAAAUAAAAAAAAAUGUUGUUUUAUUCUCAACCCUAGCAAUUCUAUACGUGUGUUUUCAUAGCUGAUGUGGAGAGGCCAAAAAACAGAAUGUGAUAUCAGAAAAACAAUACUGAUAUAUGAGCUUUUCUGGAUUAGGUGCAAUGUGCCCUUCCUAUUUUUUCCAUCCCCUUUCCAUCCCAUAUUCUAAGCUAACAUGCUACUGGAUAGCUACUUUAUAUACAUUUAACUUGUCAAAUUAUUUGUACCCAUGUGGCUAUGAUGGUCUUUUAUCCUUAACUACAAGGACCGUUGACCGUGAAGCUGAUACAAUAUAUGAUACGUAUAUUAUUCUUCUGUUAUCAUGAGGCAUGAUGGGAAAACUAUUAAUGAUUUGAUAAACUAAAAAUAAAAUAGAGAGGUUUAAAGAUUUAUAUAUUUUUACUAAUUGUACAGCGCUGCGGAAUCUGUUGGCGCUUUAUAAAUACCAGUAAUAAAUAAAUAAACAAUGGAGUUCCCAUCUCUUAAUCUUGUCUCCCCCCCCCAUGGUAUAAUCUUCUUUUCUGCGCUACGGAGACAUUACUAGGUGGUCGUUUAAAUUGUCUGACAUGUAUAUAGCAAAGUGUAAACUGGAUCAGUGCAGCUCAAGAAGCAUAAAAUAUAUUUUUAUAUCACGCAUAAAUUCCUUUUCAGCCAGAAUUUCUAGUGUUUUGCAUGCCACCUGGAUCUCAAGAGGUUAAUAGGUCUCGCUUUGGAUUUUACAUCCGUAGAGGCUACAAGUAUGUAUGUCUGCAUGUAUGUGAAUAGACUUAGAGGCGGUGAACAAUACAGAUUUUAUGACUGUUCCCUGCCAGUUUGAAUGGUUCAAACAUUCUUAUGCAAUUUUGGUUGGGUGGGAAGUGGGUCUAAAGAGGGGGAUGUCCUGGAAUAAAUUUAAACUACAAUUGUGUGGACUUUGAAGGUGUCCUGAGCUUCUCUUUUAAGGGAAAAAUAA